AUGACGUUCAGCCUUCAGGAAGAGAAAUUCUCAGAAUGGACUGUUGCUCUUCAGGAAGUGGUUCUUUGGGCAAGGGGAACUGACACAAAAACCAGUGCUCAUGCUGGUUAUUCUAUGAAAACUGCAUACUAUCAAGCACCUCUUGUCCAGACCUGUCUUGCUUUCGAAAUUCCACAGAAUCAGGAAAAGGACAGAAAGGUAAAAGGAGAGGUCAAGAGUAGUGGAAGAAAGGAAAGAAAAGGAAUUAAAGGAAGUAGUAAUAAGGGCAUGAAAAGUUUUAUCUCUCGAAAAUCUUCAAAUAAAGAAGUGGUAAUAAACAGUGAUCAAGAGAAUAACGGUGAUAUGAAACCAACCCAGAAUUCUACGAUGAUACCUAUCACACAGGUCACACAGGUCUUCAACUAUAGUCUGAACAAACAAAGACAUUUAGACAAAGAAUCUUGGAAUACAUUCAGCCAUCAAAACCCAGUUAAUGUCUCCAUUGAUGGAAUUCCCUGCAUUCUCUUCUGGGCCAAAAGAAUAACAAUUAAAUUUAAGAAUCAGACCCAGCUGGACCUUACAGAAGAAGCUUUUGGCCAGAAGGCCAUAGUGGAUGCUGGCAACUCCAAGUGCAGUGAAGAAAGUGCCACGUUGUUUCUGAAGUUUGGUGAUGCUGAAAAUGCUAAAGGUCUAGCUCUAAGAUUCACCCUUACCAAUUACAACAAGCUGACCAUCCAGAGCUGGUUUAGUUUGAACCACGUUGAGAUUAUUUUCAAUAAUUCCAUCCAAGCAACUUUUAAUGCAACUGGCGUAUAUGCUCCUGCAAGUUAUUCCUACCACUGCCAUCGGGUCAGCAACCUGCAGCGCUACGAUGCCUUCUUGUUGCCCAGCGACGUGGAUGAAAUGUUAAGCCUGUGGGAGGUCACUUUUGUUGAUUUCCAGAUCCAAGGCUUUACCAUCAAGGGAGGACAAUUUGCCAAGGUGCGAGACUGUGCCUCUUCCUUCUCACCAGCCAUCCUGAUAGGCCUGGCAAUGUCCCUGAUCCUGCUGCUGGUGCUUGCCUACGCCCUGCACAUGCUUAUCUACCUGCGCUAUCUGGACCGGCACUAUGACUUCAUUGGCUCUCCUGCCCACUUCCCCCAGUUGAAAGCUCAGGAUGCAGCAGAAGAGAAGGAGCUGCUGAGGAGUCAGGGAGUUGAAUGCUAUGAACUGAGAAACCAACAGAUCUGCAAAAUUUAUGUUUAACAGCACCGGCCCCUUCCCUACAGUAAGUCCCUAAUGGGUCCUGAAAGGAGCUGCUUCUGUUCUGUGCCAUUUGACUUGUGAUAAAUGCCAUUUUAAUCAAAGGUUUGAUUGAAAAAAACAAAAAAAGGAACCACAUGAUAAAUUGCUUUUGAAGCAUCCACUGGCUUACUCAGAAGUGGGGCAAUAAAAAAAGAUGUUUCAAUAAUUCUACAGAGAUAAAUCACAGUUGUUUUCCCAAAGCUACCUUGAGAUGCUUUAGGAUGCUUUAUGUUAGGGAAUGCUAACAUAAAGGGAUGCUUUAUGUUAGGGAAACCUAACAAACACAGAACUAUAAUAUAAGAGAAUGAAAGAAAAUUCACUUGCCUUGCCUGUGCUAGUUUGGUAAGUGUCAAAAAAAAAAAAAAACCAAAACAAACAAACAAAAACAACCCAAGGUUAUCUGGAAGUUCAGAAUUGAAAAAAUUUUGUGACAU